AGUCCAGAGGAUAUAAGUAUUCGUGCCAAACAGGAUGGUUUUGAAUCUGGUCCGCUCAGGCAGCCUGCUGUUGUCCAGAAGUAGGGUGGUGUGGACUACACAUGAACUGCAAUAUGUGAGAACAACGUCAGGCUGUCGUGAACUCAGCUCAGCCAGUGUACAGUUUCCCUCUGAGGCACGGGUCGUGAUCGCUGGAGGAGGGAUCGUCGGCUGCUCGGUGGCGUAUCAUCUGGCCAAGGCUGGCUGGACUGAUGUGGUGCUACUGGAACAGGGGAGCUUGGGAUGUGGCACAACCUGGCAUUCUGCAGGGAUUGUGGUUCAGAUGCGUUCUAACACCCUCCACACCAACAUAUGCCAAUACAGCGCGCAGCUGUAUGCCACUCUGGAAGAGGAAACGGGUCUUGGCACUGGGUGGCGACAGUGUGGUACCGUGUCCCUUGCCAGGACAUCAGAUCGCAUGACUUACCUUCGGAGAACUGCCGCUGCUGCUAGAUCAGACGGUGUCCAGUGUGAGCUGAUCGGCCCUAAAGACGUCGCUGCUCAGGUUCCUCUGCUGAGGGUGGAUGACCUGAAGGGCGCGCUGUGGAUACCCGGGGACGGGACGGCAUCACCUUCUGAUGUCAUGCAGUCUCUGGCUAAAGGAGCAACGUCACGAGGAGUACAGAUUCACCAGAAAGUUGCCGUGGAAACCGUCCUGACAGACACUGGUAGGGUGGCGGGAGUCCGGACCAACCAAGGCGACAUCAGAUGUGAAUACUUCGUGAACUGUGCUGGACAGUGGGCAUGGCAGCUGGGUCAACUGUCCAGUCCACCUGUCCGUGUACCGCUGCAUUCCUGUGAACACUUCUACGUUGUCACUAAGCCCUUCCCUGGAGUAACCAACAACCAACCAGUUAUCAGGGACCCUGAUGGCAUGCACUACUCACGUGAGUGGAGUGGAGGUGUCUUGGCAGGAGGCUUUGAACUAAACCCCAAACCGGUCUUCACAGAUGGUAUCCCAUCAAAAUUUGAGUUUCAACUGUUAGAGGAAGACUGGGACCACUUCAUGCCCAUCAUGGAGCAGGCGACAUACCGUAUGCCAGCCCUACAGGAUGCAGAGAUCAGACAGUUUCUAAACGGGCCAGAGAGCUUCACCCCUGAUAUGUCACCUGUACUGGGGGAAGCGCCAGAGCUACCGGGCUACUUUGUAGCUGCAGGGAUGAACUCAGGAGGAAUAGCCAGUGCAGGUGGUGUGGGGAAGGUCAUGGCUGAAUGGAUCAUCUCAGGGGACCCUCCUGCCGGCACCUGGCCGGUCGACAUCCGCAGGUUUGGAGAGAUGCACAACAACAGGAGAUACCUCAGGGAAAGGGUCAAGGAAAUAUUGCCAAUUCACUAUCUACAAAACUACCCAAAGCAAGAGUUCCAGUCAGCUCGAAGGGUUCUGAUGUCACCCCUGUAUUCCGUCCUGAAGAAGGCAGGUGCUGUGUUUGGGGAGACCAUGGGGUAUGAGAGGGCCAACUGGUUCUCAAGGCCAGACUCAGAUGACUUCAUGGAGCCAAAGCAGCCAAAGGGGACAUUUGGGAAGCCAUCCUGGUUUGAUGCUGUGCUGAGAGAGUACUUUGUUUGCUGUGAAAAUGUUGGCAUCGUUGAUAUGUCUUCACUUACCAAAUUUGAAGUACAGUCCUCAGGUGAUGAGGUGGUGACGUACCUACAGAGGCUGUGCUGUAAUGAGGUGGAUGUUCCAGUGGGGACGGUGCUGCACACCGGGAUGUUGAACCACUACGGAGGGUACGAGAAUGACUGCAGGAUAGCUCGACUGGCCAACAAUCACUACGUCAUCAUCUCGCCACCCAAUCAGUUGGUGCGGAGCUGGGCGUGGCUAACCCGCCAUCUCCCAAGAGACGGAUCUGUACAGAUUAAGGACGUGACGCGGAGCUAUGCUGUUCUCAAUGUUCUCGGUCCCAGGGCGAGGGAGCUUAUGAGCAGUCUGACUGAUGUCGUCACCAUGAGCAGCCAUAACUUCCCGCCAAAUGUCUGCAGGGAGCUGAGCAUCGGUUUUGCCCCCCGUGUUCGUGCCAUGACCAUCAGCCAUGUUGGGGAGCUGGGCUGGAUGUUGUAUGUUCCACAAGAGUAUGCUUUACACCUCUAUCUCUACAUCAUGAAGAGGGGUCGAGCAUUUGGAAUCCGUAAUGUCGGCCACUAUGUCAUCAGUCACCUGUGUUUGGAACACGGUAUUCCUUCACUGGGAACUGACCUGGACUCAUCUGUCACUCCAUUUGAAUGCCAACAGGAGCACACUGUCAAAUUAGACAAGGAUUUCAUUGGUCGAUCUGCCCUGCUCGAACAGAAGCAGGAAGGAGUGAGACAGAAAUUUGUCAUGUUCCUAUUGGACAAUCAUGACCUGGAGAAUGACCUUUGGCCUUGGGGAAGGGAGCCAAUCUGGGAGGGUGGAAGGGUCGUUGGCAUGACGACCUCAGCAAGCUAUGGAUACACGCUAAAGAAACAGAUCUGCCUUGGUCUUGUGCGUAACCCAGAUGGAAAGACAGAAGAAGGGAAGGUAGUCACUGAUGACAUCAUAACAAAAUACAAGUUUGAGAUUGACAUCGCUGGAAAACGUUUCUCUGCCACAGCCCAGCUGUUACAGCCUGUUUUGACUCAUUGACUUUAAAGCAGACACGACAUCACCUGAAAACUUGGCGCUGAACAUCAUUUACACAAUCCAGCAGAGCUUUCAAUUGUGCUGAACACCAUGCACACAACCCGGCAGACCUGUCCUUGGUGCUGAACAUCAUCUACACCAUCCGGUAGACAUGUCCUUGGUGCUGGACACCAUCUUUACAAUCCAGUUGAUCUGUCCUUGGUGCUGAACUCCAUCUACUCAACCCAGCAGAGCUGUCCUUGUUGCUGCUCAUUAUCUAUACAACCCAGCAGACCUGUAAUUGGUGCUGAACACCAUCCAUACAAUCAAGCAGGGCUUUCCAUGGUGCAGAGCACAAUUAACACAAUCCUAAAGACCUGUCAUUGGUACUGGAUACAAUCUAUUUACUGAUUUAGACUAGGGAACCUGUGCU